UCGUGAGAAAAGAAGCGUCUGCCGCUCGAUGACCUUUGUUGCUGGCUAAAAUGUCAGAGUAGUGUAGGUAUGAUAUCUGUGAAUGUUGACAGUCAGAACUUGAUGACACUGCAAACGCCAUACCAACAAUUGGGCAGUCUUCUGUAAAUAUCACAGAGGGGCUGGAAUUCUCAUACCUCAUCAGUACCUAUUGUAGUAGAAGCAGUGCAGACCAAUUAUUCACCAGGUGUGGUUGUCUUCUGAUUACGAAAGAAUAUUGUUCUUCUUUUCUGUUAGUGAAUGGUGCGUGCGACUAGUUCUAUAAUCGUCUUCUACCGAGAGCAAUCAUGUUGUUUUGGAUCUCACUAUAAAUUGGUUUAAAUUGUUCCUGGCGUGGAUAACGGGUACCUUGCAGCAGUGAUAGGUCACAUAACUGCAAAAAGAGUGUGUCGAAGAGAAAGUGCAACGUUUGACAAAUGAACCCACGGUACUGCAGGAGGAGGUGUCCAGCGGGAAUGAUGCAUUUAUGAGAGUAGAGGACAUGUUUUGUGCCGAUACAAUCCAGCCAGUAUUAAAUUUGAACUCGUUUUUUUCGCUACUCGAGGUGCCACCUCAUCGAAGCUCGUUAUAGUCAGCCACCCGUUGCGACCAGUUGAUAGUGGCGAGAAGUGUGUAGAAGCAACCUAACCUAACCGAUUUCCGCCCAGCAAAGCCAGCACAAACAUUCCCGGCAAGAUGCGCCGUAACCUGCGAGUAUUACUAAAGUACGCCCUAGUCGGAGGUUUCAUCCUUCUCUUCAUAACACUGAUUAUCCGCUCGUUCAACGUGGUCGACAAGCAGCAGGGCCUAUCGGACGGCAGCGCCGGUCGGCAUGAGGCCUUGGUUCAGCACCAGAAGCAGGGUUCGUUUUUCAAUGGGCCCAAGAAGAAUGCGCACCGGAAGCUUAUCGAUUGGCACGAUUAUUCGCUGAUAGAGGCGGAGCAGAAACGUACGGGUGUGGGUGAGCACGGUAUCGCUGCCCACCUGGAGAAGAAGGACGAAAUUAUGAAGGACAAGUUGUUUAAGAAAAAUGGGUUCAAUGCUGUUUUAAGUGAUUUAAUUUCGCUGAAUCGUUCGUUGCCAGAUAUCAGACAUAAAGGGUGUAAGAAGAAGAAAUAUUUAAGUGAGUUGCCUACGGUGAGUGUAGUGGUUCCGUUUUAUAAUGAACACUGGAGUACACUGCUGAGGACUGCUUCCAGCGUGCUGUUAAGGUCUCCUCCCGAGCUAAUCAGUGAGAUCAUAUUGGUAGAUGAUUGUAGCACGAAAGAGUUUCUAAAGGACCAACUCGAUAGGUACGUGGCGGAAAAUAUGCCCAAGGUGAAGGUGUUACAUUUGCCGGAACGAUCCGGGUUGAUUACAGCGAGGUUGGCUGGCGCAAAGGUUGCGACGGCUGAUGUGCUAAUUUUUCUGGAUUCCCAUACGGAGGCGAAUGUGAACUGGUUACCACCACUGCUGGAUCCGAUCGCUGAGGAUUACAGAACUUGUGUGUGUCCAUUUAUCGACGUGGUUGAUUGGGAUACGUUUGAGUAUCGUGCACAGGAUGAAGGAGCGCGAGGUGCUUUUGAUUGGAAGUUUUUCUACAAGAGGUUGCCACUGUUACCGAAAGAUUUGGCAAAUCCAACGGAACCGUUCGAAAGUCCCGUAAUGGCAGGAGGGUUGUUCGCUAUCAGCUCAAAGUUUUUCUGGGAGCUGGGCGGAUACGACGAAGGACUGGAUAUUUGGGGCGGAGAGCAGUAUGAGUUAAGUUUCAAAAUUUGGCAGUGUGGUGGGCGAAUGUAUGACGCACCAUGCUCCCGUGUGGGACACAUCUAUCGAGGAUACGCACCGUUUGGAAAUCCAAGAAAGAAGGAUUUCCUUUCGCGAAACUACAAACGAGUUGCAGAGGUUUGGAUGGACGAGUAUAAGGAGUUCUUAUACAUGAGAGAUCGCAAAAAGUAUGAUAACACGGAUGCGGGUGAUCUCACAAACCAGAGGGCAAUCCGAGAGAAGCUGCAAUGCAAACCAUUCAAGUGGUUCAUGGAGAAGGUGGCGUUCGAUUUAAUAGAGAAGUACCCUCCAGUUGAACCGCCAGAUUUCGCAAACGGCGCCAUUCAAUCCGUUCCUAACCCGUCACUCUGCGUUGAUACGUUGAGCCACGGGGAGAAGGAAACGAUCGGUAUGUUUUCGUGUGCCGCUGAUAAAAUCCAACCGCAGGCCAAUCAAUACUUCCAACUAUCAUGGCAUCGUGACCUGCGAAUCAAAUUUGGUGAACUCUGUUGGGACGUUUCGGAAAGUGUACCGAACGCAAAGAUUCUGCUGUUCCACUGUCACGGUGGCCAGGGAAAUCAGAUGUGGCGGUACGACGUUGACAGUCAGAUGAUAAAGCAGGGUAGAAAUAAUCGUUGCCUGGAUAUGGAUGCGAGUAAGCGGGCCGUCUUUGUGAAUCAGUGCAAUGCGGAUAAUCAAAACCAGAAAUGGAAGUGGGGAUUUGUUAAUAUGACUGCUAUUCGAAGCUGGGAAACUUAUGGUGCAAAACUGAUUGAAUGAAGGGUGAUUCUCUACUUCCAAUGGCUCAAUAAUGGAGAAGAAGACUUGAAAAGCAUCACGCGAUGUUGUGAGAGACAACAUUGACCAAGUUAAUUUGAUCGACCUGUUACUAAAAGAUUAAAUUGUGUGAUAAAAAAGCGUAAAACGAAUUGCAACCAUAAUAUUUCGUGGUUCCAAAUCACGAAACGUUUACAAACUAUGUUCAAAUAUUUUCUACAUAAACUACAAACUUGCCAUGCAAAUCAUUCGACAGAUUCCCAGGCAGUAGUUGCUGAUCUACGAUAAUCAUUACUAUACAUAUCUAGUCUAUAAGAUUUUGUUUGUAGAUGACCUACAAGAGAAAAAAAACGCCAACUGUAAGAAUGCAUUUAACUUAUUCAGAAAGGCCAUUUUCCAUACAACGCCAACGAAAUAUACUCCCUCGCUGAGUGAGAGAACGUUACGAUGAUCGCAGAUUUCUAACACAUCAAUACAAAUUUAAGAGAGAAGCAAUAAAACAAGUAAUUUUCGUCAAACAUAACUAAA